UGGCUAGAUUAGAAAGGACUCAUUUCUGUAGAGACUCUGUUAGAAUGUGGUUAACUUGAAGAUAAAACAACACGCCUGUAUAUUCUGUGAGCUCCACGUUCAUCAGACGAACUCUACAAUAAUCAUACUAGUGAACCAGCUUCUGAAUGAAGAAACGGUGUUUAUGCUUGGAGUUUUGCCCAGGUGAGCUGACUGUUUCGUUUAAACUCUCCAUAGCACAACUAAACGUCAAGACUCAUAUUACAGGUCUGCUCCUAAUGAGGGGUGUUAUUAGUGUUGUUUCAAACACUUUAUUUCAAAAUUAUGCCUUGUCUUGAGUACUUUAAGAAGCAACAAGCCAUGAAUCAGGAUCACCAAGUGUCUCCCCAGUGGCUUGUCGAGCAAAUCUGUCACCACGGCCAAAUUUUGCCCUUUGACUGCCGGUCGAGCACAGAGUAUCACCACCUUCACGUCCGCGAUGCCAUCAAUGUUGUCGUUCCACCGUCUAUUCUAAUGCUACGGCGAAUUACAGAUGGGAAAUUGACAGUUUCUAGUUUAAUCAAAGACAUUGAAAGCCGUGAAAAGUUCAUGAGACUGAACCAAACGCACAUUAUCGUUUUAUACAACAAGGGAGGUGAAGAAUCAGUCGAGGUCCUUACCACUCUGCUACGGAGACUCGAGCAAGAUGGCUGUCGUGCUGUUUAUUUACAAGGAGGAUUCGAGAGCUUUCAAGCACAGUUUCCGGAAUGGUGCGAAGCAGAGGGUCAGGAAAUUAAUCCAGUUGAAUCAGAAAUCUUAGGCCUAGAAACCCUGAGGAUUACAGCACCUUCUGACGGCGCAGAUUCUGACCAAGAUCGCUGUGAUAGUGGCUUCACGAAGGACUCCGCCAGCCCCAGUGAUACACCAUUUCCGGUCGAAAUAUUACCUUACCUCUUUCUUGGAAACGCCGAGAACUCCCAAGAUUUACAGGCCCUCAAGAAACAUCGCAUCGUGUACAUCCUAAAUGUCACCCCUGAUUUACCGAACGUAUUUGAGGAUAAAGGGCUUGGAUUUCAUUACAUGCACAUUCCGAUUCAGGACCACUGGUCUCAAAACCUAGGAAGCUUCUUCACGAAGGCAAUCACUUUUAUUGAUGAGGCUCGCCAAAGGAAAAAAGGCGUGCUGGUCCACUGUCUAGCUGGUAUAAGUCGUUCCGUUACCAUAACCCUUGCCUACCUAAUGCAGAAAAUGAACAUGCCCCUUAAUGACGCAUAUGACUUUGUUCGACAGCGAAAGACUAACAUUUCACCAAAUUUUAACUUUUUGGGACAAUUAAUGGAUUUCGAACGACAGUUAAACCUCACUCCAUGUUGUUUUAUGUGCCAAGGAGCGCCAUGUCGGUGUCAAACAUUUCAUUUUAUGUCGCCCACUCAGACCACACCAGAUUCUGGGAUUGACAUUGAUCGCUGGUCGUAAGCCCCAAGUGAAUAAUUUCAGGUGAAGCGCCAUCUAGGAACACAGAUUCUACUGACAUUUUCAACUUGCUGUGUCAUGCCACUUACCGUGAAAGAACUACAGCAACUUCAUUUAGAGAGAAGGACUUUUGUUGACCAACAGAUUGGGCAAAUACAGACUAAUGAGAUCGUAUGAAAUCCAAACUUGAUUUAUUAGUUUUUUGUUUUGUUUUUUCAAUUCCCCCAGUUUGAUUGAAGGACUUGUGCUGGCACAGUCCUCGUUAGAAUUGAAAGAUAGAGUUUGUUAACAUGAGAGUUUUGUACAUAAACAUAUAUAGUUAAACACAGGAAUUUAAUGAGACGAGAAACACAUUCUCAUAUAUUCCCUUUCCUUCAAGAAUUCUAGUCGUAGUAUCUCCAUUUCAGAUCCACUUUGUCAUGUAAUCAAUCAAAUUUUUAACAGAUCAUAUUUUAAUGAGAAAUGUUCACUUUAAAGUUAAGGAUUUCGGACAAACUUGGAAUGAGUUUCUCAACGUAAUGUUAUGUGUCUGAAUGUUGAGGGAGUUUAAUUAAUAGCAAUUUUUAGGAACUGGGGGUAUCGAUAUAAAACAUGUUGACCAAUGGUAUUAACAUUAGAGAAAAAGGUUUAUUGCGUGUAGUAGAAUUUUGACGCAUUGAUAUCACAUAAACAAAUUUUGGUAAAUUGUUUUACACCUAUUUAGGUAUAUAAGGUGAAAUUAUAUAUUAUAUGUAUACAUGUUAUACUAUGACAUCACUUAUAAUAUGAUCAUGACAUUAUGAUGAUGUAAAUACUUCUGACACUUCAUGACAAGGCUUGAUAAUAGCUGAAGUAAACCUUUACGCUGUAUCCAUUUGUUACAUCUUACGUCAGUUUUAUUUUGUCCCCCCCAGUGGCACAGCGGUAUGUCUGCGGACUUACAAUGCUAGAAACCGGGUUUCGAUACCCGUGGUAGGCAGAGCACAGAUAGCCCUUUGUGUAGCUUUGUGCUUAACUACCAAGAAACAGUUUUAUUUUAGUGCCAAAAUUUCUGUGAGGUCUGCUGCUAAUUCUUAUUACUGAAAGUUUCUAGGCUUAAGGAGUUUUUCUUGUAGAUGUCGCUGCAAGCAUCUAUUAUCAGCCGUAAGUUACUUGUCUUGCUAGGGGAAAAAAAAGAUUAGGCCACUUGCUGUUUCAUCUUUAAGGUAGAGUGACUUACUUGUUUAUAUAUAUAUAUAUGUUAAAAGAGCUAGAAAUCUAUAUUAGUUUAUUCAUGUCAUGGCAUUUGUUAAUCAAGUAAAAUGGUAAAAAAUAUGGGUGCUUGAUGAUACCUUAAAUUUGUGCCUCACUAAUAUUACGUUGUAAAAUAAAAUGUCUAAAUCCUGUUCAAGAUAUUAUUUGUGUUAGGAUGUUCCUUGCACAUCCAAAAUUAAAACAUUUAAAGUUUAGGAUGCAACCAUCAUGAUUGUUCAAUACUGUUACUAUAAGAUCUUGUAAUUAUAACGUUAAAGCAGACGGAAUUGACUUGUAACCUCUAAAAGGAUUUGACUUUAAUUUGAUUUUUUAUAUGAUGUAAGCUGUGUCGUCUAGGAAUUGUUAAAAGUGACCUUGUUAAGGAGGUCGUUUUGGAAAAUUAUAACGUUACUCUAUCAAUGUUCUCAAACGUAAAAAAAAAAUUAAAGUGUUGAGGAGGGGGUGCAUUGUAUUAUAAAUCCAAUAAAACAUGCUGGUCAAUAAAGGUAACUUACUUAGUUUAAAAAUACUGUUGGCGAAGUUCACGUUUGUUGAAAUCAAAUUGCUGAUCUCAGAGUUAUGGCGUGUGUGAUCAUACUUCACAUAAUCCUGCCAAUGAUUUCGCCCAAAAUUUGUAAUUUGAUAAAUAUAAUUGAUUUUGUAAUUUCGUUUUGGUUACGAUUACACACGAAAAUAUAUUAAUGUUUAGCGAAAACGUACAAUAUUUAAUGAGAAAAGCCCAUUAAAUACUAUAAAUUCUUUUUGUUGCAGUUAAAAGUUACGAAUGAUAAAACUUUUUUAAAAAAAGUGUUUCAGAAAACAAAUGCGUGUCUUAUAUAUGUGUUAUAUCCUUCCUAUGUAAGUACAGAUAUCCAACUAUUGCAUGUGUUCACGCCUUUUGUUUUAGUUUUACAUCUUUUCAUACCCGAUAUUGUUGAUAUUAUGGUUUUAUAAAAUACAUUCCAUAUUUUUUUUACCUCAAACUUCACUCUGCUGAUAAACGAAAUUCGCCACAAAUUACAUAAUUUCCAUUCCCUGUACAGAAAUUCAUUGUCUGUUUUAAUGUUGUGGUGUGGGGUUAAAUAUGGAGACAAAUGUAUAUAAUAUAUGAAUACAGAGAAA